AAUACAAAGAGGAAGAAGUACCUUUGGUUCAACAAAAAGCUCAUAUUCUUCCUUCAUUUCAACUCAAAACAUCUCUUUAGGAUUUGUUUUAAAUCUCUUCCUUCAUUUCAACUCAAAACAUCUCUUUAGGAUUUGUUUUGAAUCUCCCUUUUGCUAAAUGAGGAUCUUUCCACCAUGUUGUGCAGAGAUACUGGAGAAAAUGCUGGAAACUGUUUGCGGGAAGCAGCGUGAUGUUCCAAGAGUAAACGAUUCUAGUAACCUUACCAGUUCCAUUAAGAUCAAGGGGGCAGUAGUACUGAGGAAGAAGAAUGUUUUGAACUUCAAGGAUGCUGGUUCUGCCUUCCUUGAUCGAAUGCACGAGCUCUUUGGCAAACGCGUCUCCCUACAGCUCAUUAGUGCUGUACAUGCUGAUCUUGGGAAUGGAUCAAAAGGGAAGUUGGGAAAACCAGCAAUUUUGGAAUGGACAUGCACCAAGACUUGGAUAUCAGUGGAAGAAGCUGCAUUCAAUAUUACAUUUGAUUGGGAUGAGUCAAUCGGAGUUCCUGGGGCUUUCAUUAUAAACAACUAUCAUCAUAGCCAGUUUUACCUGAAGACUCUCACUUUAGAAGAUGUUCCUGGACAUGGUAAAGUUCAUUUUGUCUGCAAUUCUUGGGUGUAUCCAGCACAUCGCUACAAGUACGAUCGGGUGUUUUUUAGCAACCAGACGUACCUGCCAUGCAACACACCAGAACCCCUUCAGCCAUACAGGAAUAAGGAGCUUGUUAAUCUUCGGGGUACAGGUUCUGGCAUGCUCAAGGAAUGGGACAGAGUUUAUGACUAUGCAGUCUACAAUGAUUUAGGACAUGACCGACCUGUGCUUGGUGGAUCUAAGGAUCACCCAUACCCUCGCAGAGGCAGAACAGGCCGUCCGCUGACUAAAAAAGAUUCUAGCUUAGAGAGCCGGUUGCCACUUCUGAGUUUGAACAUUUAUGUUCCACGAGAUGAACGUUUCAACCAUGUGAAGUUUAAAGAUUUCCUUGGAUAUGGUGCCACAUCAAUGGGUCGGGUCAUAAUUCCACAGAUCGCAUCUCUGUUCGCCAAACCGUUUAACGAGUUUAACAACUUCAAACAUGUACUAGAGUUCUACAAAAAUCAAGCUGCAGAAAAAUCCAGGGAAUGCAUGCCAUGGGAAAUGCUCAAAGGACAAGUUCAUAAAUUUCCAGUUCCUCAUGUAAUUAAAGAAGAUAACUCUGCAUGGAGGACAGAUGAAGAGUUUGGACGUGAAAUGCUAGCCGGAGUCAACCCUGUUAUUAUCCAGGGUUUACAGGAAUUUCCACCCACAAGCAAGCUAAAUCCUGAAGUAUAUGGCGACCAGACCAGUAAAAUAACAAGGGAGCAGAUUGAGAAACACAUGGAUGGACUUACUGUCGAUGAUGCAAUUAAGUAUAACAGGCUAUUCAUCUUAGAUUAUCAUGACAUACUUAUUCCUUACCUUAAACGGGUUAACUCAACAACCACAAAGACGUAUGCUAGUCGGACCCUCCUUUUACUCCAAGAUGACGGAACAUUGAAGCCACUUGCAAUCGAACUGAGCUUACCACAUCCACAAGGAGAUAGACAUGGUUCCACCAGUCAAGUAUUUACCCCAUGUAAUGAUGAGAGUGUUGAAGGCUAUGUCUGGCAUCUGGCAAAAGCCUAUGUUGCUGUAAAUGACUCUGGAUAUCAUCAGCUUGUUAGUCACUGGCUUAACACCCAUGCAGUGAUAGAGCCAAUCGUUAUAGCAACAAACAGACAAUUGAGUGUGAUUCAUCCAAUCUAUAAGCUUCUACAACCCCACUUCCGCGAUACAAUGAACAUCAAUGCUUUGGCUCGGCAGAUCCUCAUUAAUGCAGGUGGAAUACUUGAGUUGACAGUAUUCCCAUCCAAGUAUGCCAUGGAAAUGUCUUCUUCCAUCUAUAAGAAUUGGGUGUUCACUGACCAUGCACUCCCUGCAGAUCUACUUAAGAGAGGAGUUGCAGUGUCAGACCCAAGCCAACCUCAUGGCGUUCAGCUUCUGAUAGAGGAUUAUCCUUAUGCCAUCGACGGACUUGAGAUUUGGUCAGCAAUUGAAACCUGGGUGGACAAGUACUGCUCAUUCUAUUACUCAAUAGAUGACAUGAUCCAAGGAGAUUCUGAACUCCAAUCAUGGUGGACAGAAGUUCGCAACGUGGGUCAUGGUGACUUGAAAGAUGAACCAUGGUGGCCUCAGAUGCAAACAAGAGCUGAACUUGUCCAUAUAUGCACCAUAAUCAUCUGGGUGGCUUCUGCUCUUCAUGCAGCAGUUAAUUUUGGGCAAUAUCCUUAUGCUGGUUACCUCCCAAAUCGCCCAACAGUAAGCCGGCGCUUUAUGCCAAAGCCAGGCACUCCUGAGUAUGCUGAGCUUGAGUCGAACCACGAGCUAGCCUACCUAAAGACAAUCACGGCUCAGUUUCAAACUCUUCUUGGCAUCUCUUUGAUAGAGAUGUUAUCCAUGCAUUCUUCAGAUGAGAUUUAUCUUGGGCAAAGAGAUACUCCUGAAUGGACUUCUGAUAAUCAACCACAACGUGCAUUGGAGAGAUUCCGUGACGAACUGAUUGAAAUUGAGAACAGAAUAAAGGAUAGGAACAAUGACAAUAUAUUGAAGAACAGAAAUGGACCUGUAAAGAUGCCUUAUACGUUGCUAUACCCCAAUGCCUCCGGUGACAAGAGUACAACAGGACUUACUGGAAAGGGGAUCCCCAAUAGCAUCUCAAUCUGAUGUUACAAUGUGAAAUCACUUAAGUUGCACAUAUCAGUGCCAACAAAUUUUAGUAUAGCUAUUUCUUAAGUUUACAUGUUUAACAAAAUCUUGCCUUGGAUACUUAGAUCAUAUAUUUUACUAAGAAACCAAUUCUUACACU